UUUUAAUUCUAUGAAUCGCGUGGAAUAACACAAAACAUAGUAAUCUUUUUAGAAUUAGUAUGGCUGCUGCGCAAACUGAGACGGAGUCACUAAAUAUUGACAGUAUCAUAGCAAGAUUGCUAGAAGUUAGAGGAUCAAAGCCAGGAACAAACGUACAAUUAACUGAAGCUGAAAUAAGAGGUUUAUGUUUGAAAUCUCGGGAGAUAUUUCUUAGCCAACCAAUAUUACUAGAAUUAGAAGCCCCAUUGAAAAUAUGCGGUGAUGUGCAUGGCCAAUAUUAUGACUUAUUACGGUUAUUUGAAUAUGGUGGGUUUCCACCAGAGAGCAACUAUUUAUUCUUAGGUGAUUAUGUUGAUAGAGGUAAACAAUCUCUUGAAACAAUAUGCCUUAUAUUAGCAUACAAAAUUAAAUACCCUGAAAACUUUUUCUUAUUACGUGGUAAUCAUGAGUGUGCCAGUAUCAAUCGAAUUUAUGGAUUUUAUGAUGAAUGUAAAAGAAGAUAUAGUAUAAAAUUAUGGAAAACAUUUACAGAUUGUUUUAAUUGCCUGCCAGUAUCUGCAAUAAUUGAUGAGAAAAUAUUUUGUUGCCAUGGAGGUCUAAGCCCAGAUCUCCAAAGCAUGGAGCAGAUCCGUCGAAUCAUGCGUCCCACUGACGUCCCAGACCAGGGCCUGCUAUGCGAUCUAUUAUGGUCUGACCCAGAUAAAGACACCAUGGGUUGGGGCGAAAAUGACCGAGGCGUGUCCUACACAUUCGGAGCCGAGGUGGUAGCUAAAUUCCUACAUAAACACGACCUAGAUUUAAUUUGCCGAGCUCACCAGGUUGUUGAAGAUGGUUAUGAAUUUUUCGCUAAACGACAGCUAGUAACCUUAUUUUCGGCCCCUAAUUAUUGCGGAGAAUUUGAUAACGCCGGUGCCAUGAUGUCUGUCGAUGAGUCACUCCUUUGUUCUUUUCAGAUACUGAAACCUGCUGAUAAAAAGAAAUUCAAUUAUACUAGUCUUACGGCAAGUCGCCCUCAAACCCCUCCUAAGGCCCAGAAAAAGUGAUACAGAUGACACCAUAUUCGAUAUCACAUCAAUCAAUUAUAUCUUAUAUAAUUUUUUUUAUAAAUUCUUUU